AUGGAUGAACCUGAAAGUAGUAGGCCUGAAGAGGUCAAUACUGAAAUUGAUGAUCAAUUUGCUCUAGAUGGCAAGGAUGAUGUUGUUGAUGUGAAAGAAGGGUUAGCUUCCCAAACCUAUGAUAGUUUACGAAUGCUUACUAAGGAAGAUGUGUUGCAAAUGAAAUUCAAUUCAGAGGAUGAUGCUUAUACUUUCUACAAUGCAUACGCUAAGGUCAUCGGUUUUAGCGUACGAAGAAGUAGAAAAAGAAUUACUGGAGACAACAAAUUUGUAGAGAGUAGGAAAUGGGUUUGUUCAAGGGAAGGUGUAAGAGAAAAGAAAUACUUGCAACGUGUGGAACGGGUAAGAACUCCUAGGGCAGAAACUAGACUUUUUUGUAAUGCCACAUUUCGUGUGCGUUAUGACAAGACAGCUAGGAAAUAUGUUGUGACCCACUUUGUAGGGGAACACAACCAUCCGUUGGCAGCACCACACUGCGUCCCUUUUCUUUGGUCGCAUAGGUUUGUAACAAGUGCAGACCAAGCUCAAGCAAAGGCCAUGUGCAAUGUGGGUAUGAAAACGAGUCAGAUCAUGGAUUUUAUGGUCCAUCAGUCAGGGGGUUAUGAGAAGGUGGGCUUCAUUCACAGAGAUUUGCACAAUCAAUUCCAAGAUGAGCGCAAAGUACAAAUCGCAGAAGGGGAUGCAGAGGGUGCGUUAGGAUACUUGUCAGCUAAAUUAGAUGCAGAUCCAUUAUUUUUUUUCAAAUACAACGUCGAUAAGGACAACCGGUUGGACAAGAUUUUUUGGGCAGAUUAUAGGUCUCGAAUGGAUUAUGCUGCAUUUGGUGAUGUAUUGGUAUUUGAUACUACUUAUCGUACAAAUGCAUAUAAGAAGCCAUUUGUAAUUCUAGCUGGCGUGAGUAACCAUUUCAUGACAACUAUAUUCAGAUGUGCUUUGUUACCUGAUGAGACAAUGGAGACAUACACGUGGGUGCUGGAAAUGUUAAUGGAGGCCAUGGAUGGUAAAAGACCCAUCUCCGUUGUAACAGAUGGUGAUAGGGCAAUGCGUCAGGCAAUCAAAAGAGUUAUUCCAAACUGCAGACAUCGUUUAUGUUCUUGGCAUCUAGAGAAAAAUGCCUCAACAAAUGUCCACAUUCCAGAAUUUACAGCUGAUUUUGCACAGUUGAUGUUAAAGAAAUGUAAAAUUGAUGAGUUUGACAAUGCCUGGGCUGUUAUGGUGAAACAGUACAAGUUGGAGAACAAUAACUGGGUGUUGGAUAUUCAUCUGAAGCGUGAUAAUUGGGCUGAGGCAUAUCUCUAUGGUCACAUGUUUGCUGGAAUGAGGAGCACUCAACGUGUAGAGGGUAUGAAUGCAUAUUUCAAUAUAUUCCUAAACCAAAAGGUUAGGUUGUAUGAAUUUGUAGCGCAGUAUGAUAGGGCUCUUGCUAGAAUGCGUGUUAAUGAGGCAGAAACAGAAUCUAAAACAGAGAAUAGUUUCCCGGUUUUGACUACGCCAUUGAGGAGUUUGGAGAAACAUGCAGCUGAACUCUUUACUCGGAAGAUUUUCUCAUUGUUUCAACAUGAAAUCAGGAAAGAGGGUAAAUUGUUUAUGAUGGAAAGAGUUCAGCUAGAGGAUCAUCGCACCUACCGUUUUGGUGAGUACAAGGCACCAACAUGCACGUGGACGGUUGAGUAUUUUCCAGCUAAUAUCACAAUGAAAUGUUGUUGCUUGAAGUUUGAGUCGUUUGGCAUCCCUUGCUGCCACAUGAUUGCUGUUAUGAAAUCUGAACAAUUAAUGUGUAUUCCACCGAGUUGUGUCUUGCAGAGAUGGACAAGACGUGGUAGGUCAAAGUGUUAA